UUCACCAUCUUCUACCCUGUCAGUGCCCUCCCGACUUCAGUAAGCCGAGCAGGGAUUCUGUGGAGGCCAUGGAAAAUGCAAAAUAAAAAAUUCGAAAAAUUUAUGCAGAAAUAGAGCGAGAGAGAGAGAGAGAGAGAGAGAGAGAGAGUAAUGAAGGACAGGGGGAGGGGAACAGUAGGGCCAUGGCCGUCAACAAAUCCAGCUCGCAUGUCCCAAGCGCCAGCAGGCCUGUGGGUCUGCGAGGUCUGCGAGUCGUCUCCUGCCACUGUAACUUGCAAAGCAGAUGCAGUGGCUCUCUGUGCUGCCUGUGACGCCGACAUCCACUCGGCGAAUCCACUGGCCCAGCGCCACGUCAGGGUGCCGAUCUACCAGCACAAGUUCUUCGGCGGCACCAUGAGCCACAGUCAUCACCUGUCUGAUAAAUUCACAACCGAGGGAGGCAUGGAGCAGGACGAUGAUAGUGGCGAUGAUGAGCAGGAAGCCAAUUCAUGGCUGCUGUUCCAACCGGCCGGGAAGAACUCGACCAAAGAGGAUGUGAGCUUCCUGUUUGGUGGCGGUGGCGGCAAUGGUGGCACCGUAGAGGAGUACUUGGACUUGGUAGAUUAUGGGGAGCCAUGUCCAGAGGAGCAGUCACAAGCACAGAGCCAGUACAGUCGUCUGCAGCAACAGCAGGAGGAUGCUGAUGGAGCAGAUAGGAUUGUUCCAGCGAAGAGCAUGGAGGUGAAGUGUCAGCAGCAGAGCAGCAACCAGCAGCAGUACCUGGAGUUUGAGUUUGAAAAUCAGAAGGGAGGGUAUGGUUAUUCUGGAUCUCUUAUCCAUAGUAUUGCUCCAGAUGUUGGCAUAGUCCCGGAAGCAGCCAUUAAUGAAUACUCAGGCUCAUAUUUCUCAACUCCAAAUGGAUCAUUAGAACUAUCCACAGGAACUGGGGUUCAAGUUCUGGCAAGUUUCACUCCCAUGGACCGGGAAGCCCGGGUUCUCAGAUACAGGGAGAAGCGCAAGAACAGAAAAUUUGAAAAGACAAUCAGGUAUGCUUCACGUAAGGCCUACGCAGAGACAAGACCCAGAAUCAAAGGGCGCUUUGCGAAACGAACAGAUGUUGAAGUUGAAGUUGAUCAGAUCUACUCUUCUGCUAUGAUUGUUGAAACAGGCUAUGGAGUCGUUCCAACAUUCUGAUUCACCACAGUAUAAGUCUUUGUAUUGGUUAUUUCACUAUGUGUAAUUCCAGCCGAACACUCUCCAUGAUGAAGUUGCUUUCCUACAGAAAAUGCGUAUCCGAUAAACCAUUAAUCAUCAUCAUCUUAUAUAGCCUUGUCAUAGUACUAAAAGCACUUGUAUCAAAAAUUUAAAGAGAGAAAAAAAUGAAACGUUAUUGCCUUUUCUUUUUGUGAAA